AUGGCCAAGGUGCAAAGGGUGCUCCUGGAAGUUAAAGCUGCUGCGUGCUUCCCAGAGCUGAGGUUCAUGAGAAGAGACCUCUACCUCAACAGACCGAGGAGAGGCAGAGGGCAAGAGAGACGGGGGAUCAAAUUUACAGACUCAUUGACUCAUGCUAACAAACACGUCAGUGAGAAGAGAUUUGCUGUCCUGAAGAGAAUGGCUCUUCGUGGAACGGCCAAUCUUUUAGCACCUACAUUAAGCACCGCCUCGGGGGAGCGGGAGCCGGGCCAGGCCUCGUCGCUGCCCUUCAGCGAGGCGCCGUGCGGGGUCACCCCUGCAGGGUCCUUCUCUCUACCCUCCCACCCCUCCACCUUCUCCUCCCUCCAGGUCCAGCAUGCCAGCAAACAGAUCACGGCCGAGAAGCAGUACAAAGGCAUCAUCGACUGCAUAGUCCGCAUCCCCAAGGAGCAAGGCAUCAUCUCCUUCUGGAGAGGCAACCUGGCCAACGUCAUCCGGUACUUCCCCACCCAGGCCCUCAACUUCGCCUUCAAGGACAAGUACAAGCAGAUCUUCUUAGGGGGAGUGGACAGGCACAAGCAGUUCUGGCGCUACUUCGCGGGCAACUUGGCAUCCGGGGGUGCGGCGGGAGCCACCUCCCUCUGCUUCGUCUACCCGCUGGAUUUCGCCAGGACCCGGCUGGCAGCUGAUGUGGGCAAAGGAGCCAGCGAGAGGGAGUUCACUGGGCUGGGCGAUUGCAUCGUCAAGAUCUUCAAAUCUGAUGGCUUGAAGGGCCUGUACCAAGGAUUCAGCGUGUCUGUCCAGGGCAUCAUCAUCUACAGAGCAGCCUAUUUUGGGGUUUACGACACGGCCAAGGGUAUGUUGCCUGAUCCAAAGAAUGUGCAUAUCGUAGUGAGUUGGAUGAUUGCCCAGACUGUCACUGCAGUAGCAGGGCUGGUUUCUUACCCUUUUGAUACUGUGCGACGUAGGAUGAUGAUGCAGUCUGGCCGAAAGGGAGCUGAUAUUAUGUACAAGGGCACAAUUGAUUGCUGGAAGAAGAUAGCUAAAGAUGAAGGAACCAAAGCGUUCUUCAAAGGUGCCUGGUCGAAUGUGUUGAGAGGCAUGGGCGGAGCUUUUGUAUUAGUACUUUAUGAUGAAAUCAAGAAAUACGUCUAAAACUUAACAUCAUAAUGGUAGUUCAAUUGUUCUCCAUCAACUUUUUUAAAAAAAACAUGCUAUUGUGUUGUAAUGGACAACAAAAUAUUUCCUAGGGAAACAGAAUAAAAUUUAUGAGUAACAUAUCUGGUUGAGAUGAGGAUGCAUUAAUUUAAAAAUUGUUCACUACACCACAGUUACAUUUUUGUAUGAAAAUUCCUCCAACAUUUGUAUUGGAACCUGUGUAUAUAUUAUACUUCAAAUUUCAGGUUAUACAUUUUGUCUAGAGACAAGAUUUAGGUGGUCUACACCUAGUUUAAAAUCUAAUAUUGUGAA